AUGAUGUCGGGUCCGAUGUCGUUCCAUCCGUCGCUUCCGAGCUCAGACGUCGUAUCCGAACUCUUCGGCUCCGAGGUCGUCUUUGAAGUCGUAGUACUUGUCGAACUCGCUGUCGAACUCCUCGUGGAAAUGAGCGUGGUUGCCGUUGUUGUUGUAGCCGUACUAGAUCCAGAAGUCGUUCCACUCGUUGCUCCGGCAGAGAUAGAAGGGCUCGAGGUCCCGCUCGUCGAGGCUGAGCUUGUUGAGCUUGAUUCAGAAGUCUGCUCUUCCGUUGCGUUAGUACCAGCAGUUGCACUAGUCGUCAUUGUCGAGCUGUCCGAGAGCCGGUCGUCUCAUCAAAAUCUGAAGAACUUCCAGGUGACCGAGUGGGAAUGCCAGGCCAAGUACGUCCACGGAUUUCCG